GAAAAGGGGAGUGUUUUUUAACCAAAAUGUUGCACUUUAAUUUGGAUUUUCACCAAAACACGACUAGCAACUUUCCACAAAUAAAAAGAAAAUGAUAUUUAGUAAAAUGAGAUCGAGUAAAUGAUAUCCACGCUGAUUCGUCAUAAUUUACUCAUAUUUUACGUUCCAGAAACAUUCUUAUUUCCUGCAUGUCUGAUUUUAAUUUUAAGUUUUUUAAUAGUUUUCUUUAAUUAACACAGAACAAAUCAGUAAACUCACCCUAAAGAAAACAUCAACAGUGAUUUUCUUAAAUGAAAGCUGCCUUCAGCCCUGCUGUCUCCUCUCUUCGGCCUCUCUGGUAAAUGAGGAGGUUGUUGCACGCAGCGGUGAUGCUUUUAUUCUGAGCAGGGAUCUCGGAUUCUGCCUUAUUACCAACACGUUUAUGAACAAUCAAAUGGUCCUCGUUAAACUUUUAUUGAUGGGCAUAAAAGAUCGUGAACGGUCACUAGCCGAAUACAAGCCGCUUUAGUAGGCUGCUUGUCAGGAUUCAGAAUCCCCUCCUGGACUAUCUAAAUCCCACUUUGGUCAUGUCUGGUCUUCUGGUCCUCGUUUAAAACGACGCAAACUGCAUCCCGCAUUCAGAUGUUCCCCUCACCCUGCACGCACGCUGUUUUCAACGCACGUCUCUUUGAUAACAACAAACAGCCUUCCACAGGAAGUUAUAAACGCCCCACUCUAUCAAAUGCGCAGCUGGUUUGAUAAAGAUAAACCCAUUCAAUAAACUCUUUAAUGCUGCAACAGGAUCCACUGCAACAGCAUGGAGCCAGAGAAGAGUUUGCCCGACAGAGAUUGAUUACACCAUCAAAUAGUUCCUUGCAUUCAGACGCAAUGUGCGCAGGUCCGUGCUGCGACUGGGGAAAAAGAUCCAACAGUAGAGCUCCAAACACGCGCUUCCUUCUUCCAAAACAGAAACAUUCUGGGUGAUGUUACCUCUCAGCCUGCAGGGAAAGUGGAAAACAGCGCAUUCUUUAAUCCCAUUUAUGUGCAUUGGUAUCCCAGGGAAAGUGGCGCAUUGAUCCACUGUAUAAUUUUUGUGGGGGCAAAUAUAAUCACGUGUCCAAGAGGCAGCCAAUAGGAGCCGAGGAAGCUUUGAGAAAUAAUUACCUGCCUUGAUUGUUCUAUGGCUUGAUAAAAAAAGUACACAUACGCUCCAUAUAAUAAACGGAUGCAUGUAAAAGAGUCAGGGAGGCUUCGACAUGUCGACCACGGGUCCCAUAAGUAAUUAUUAUGUGGACUCCUUGAUCAACCAUGAGAACGAGGAUGUCCUUGCUGCUACACGGUUUUCAACGCCCGGUUCGCACCCAGCUGGCCCAAGACCGACGUCUCUAGUACCGGAGUGCGCCGACUAUCCUUCCUGCAGCUUCGCACCCAAGCCAGCCGUCUUCUCCACCUCCUGGGCCCCUGUCCACUCGCAGUCAUCAGUGGUUUACCAUCCAUACAGUCACCAACCGCACUUAGGCACAGACUCGAGGUACAUGCGCUCAUGGCUGGAGCCGAUAUCAGGCGCAGUGCCUUUCCACGGCUAUCCGGGGAACAGCAGGCAUUACGGGCUGAAACCCGACGCCUUCCAGGAGCACAGAACCGGGGAGUGUCUCGGCUCCAGUGGACGGACCUACACGGAUUAUCUGUACUGCUCAUCCACUGACAUGCGGGACAAGACGCAGCAGAACGUCUCUUCUCCCGAGUCGGAGCUUCUGGCUUCGGGGAAACAUAAAGAGGAGAAGCCGGAGCUAGAUCCGAAUAAUCCUGUGGCUAAUUGGAUACACGCCCGCUCCACGAGGAAGAAGCGGUGUCCUUACACAAAGUACCAGACUCUGGAACUGGAAAAGGAGUUUUUGUUCAAUAUGUACCUCACAAGAGACCGCAGAUACGAGGUUGCGCGGGUUCUGAGCCUCACCGAGAGGCAGGUGAAAAUCUGGUUUCAGAACCGGAGGAUGAAGAUGAAGAAGAUGAACAAAGAAAAGAGCGACAGCAAAGAACAAUAAUGUGGACUUAACCAUCACACACACACACACACACACACACACACACACACACACACACACACACACACACACACACACACACACACACACACACACACACACACACACACACACACACACACACACACACACACACACACACGUUCCUCAUCACGUUCGUCACUUAGUUGGAUUUUUUGUAUUAAUAAUAAUUUCCAGACUGUUUGAUGCUGACUGUCACACAGACAAAAUAAAAAAAGACAUUUCUAGAUGACGACAUUCUGCUUUCACGUUAGUUCUUUGUAGAGAAAUUGCAGAAGCUCUGUUUGAACACGAUAACAGUCCGAAGGAGAACAGCCUACUUGAAUUCUUUAAAAUUUCAUAAAACCCAUAAUUUAUGAUGUGAAUGUUUUCUCUUGCAUCCAUGUUUAUUUCCUGUUUUGGGGCGCAGGUGGUAUUUUGUACAGAAACAGAGCAUCUGCGAGCGACUUGUCUGUAUUGUAUUUUGUGGAUGUUGUUGCUGUUUUUGUGCAUCUGUUUGUUUUCUUUUGGCUGUAGCCUUCGAGGUCACACAUUAGCGUGUAGCUCUGCAAAUAUAACGAUUGUCACAAA